AUGGUGUCCGCGCUGCAGCAGGAGAUCCGGAAGCGGGGCAGGCACAGCCUGGAGAUCUCGGAUCUCGUGAUCCAGGAGCCGCUGGGGCAGGGGGGCUUUGGCAAGGUGUACAAGGGCGCGUGGCACAGGCGCACGGCGGCGGUCAAGGUCAUGAACGCGCGCUCCAGCGCGAGCGAGGCCGUGUCUGAUGCCAUGGAGAUGGCUGUGCUGUCAUCGGUGCAGCACCCGGGGAUCGUGCAAGUGUACGCCUGCCUGACAGACAUGGUGGAGCUGCCCAGGGGCUUUGACAGCGCCCAGUCCCUGGGCUCUCCAGCCAGCCCCGCCCACGGCUUCAAGCCGCCCCGCUACCGCCGCCUGCUGCCCGGGGAGGAGCCCGACGACUCCAACGCCCUCAACAUCAUAGUCAUGGAGUACUGCGACCAGGGCACGCUGGCGGAGGCGAUCAAGCGGCCCGCGGGGCGGUUCCACACGCCGAUGGAGGACGGGUCCAUCGGCGUCAACCUGCCGGCGGUCGUCGACGUCCUGCUGGACGUGGCCCACAGCCUGGCCUACCUCCAUUCUGUGGGGCUGGUGCACGGCGACGUGAAGCUCGACAACGUGCUGCUGAAGACGGACGCCGGGAAGCAGCUGGGCUUUGCGCCCAAGCUGGCGGACUUUGGCCUGGCCCGGCUGCUGCGCGACAGCCAUGACGUCAUCAACCUGACCGGCGCGGGCACGGUGACCCACCUGGCGCCGGAGCUGCUGCAGGCGGGCACCAAGAUCACCACCGCGGUGGACGCCUACGCGUUUGGGGUCUGCCUGUGGGAGAUGUACACCGGCAAGAGGGCGUUCGCAGGCCUGCCCCGCACCACCAUCAUCGAACGCGUCCUCCGCCACGGCGCGCGCCCCUCCUUCCCGCCCGCCGCGCCGUCCGCCUACGUCCGCCUCGCCGAGGCCUGCUGGGCCGCGGCUCCCUCGGACCGCCCGGCGCUGCCCGAGGUUGCGCAGCGGCUGAGGGAGAUUUCCGAGGCGCUCGCGCGCGCCGCGCGGAAGGGCGCCGACGGCGGCGGCGGGCCGGUGUCGCAGCUCGGCGGCAGCUCUUCGAGCCCGCUCUGA